CACCUCGCAUUUAAGCUUCACCCACCACCACCCAUGCCACCAUGCUUGACCUUCUUCCACAUCUGUCUGUGAGCUGCCUCUGUGCAUCUCUGCCUCCGCAACAACCAUUCCAAACAGCUGGGCCAUGCUCUAUAUUAAAAGCGCUGCAUCUCGCGCCCUGCCGACGCAGUGAUGAAUCACGACGGCUUCCUGCAUUCCUCCCUCGCCAAGGACGACGACUGACGGAUCCAAUUCGCGAAGAGAGAAAACACGAGACAUCAGAGGACGCACGAAGCCGCAGCCAUAAGCCGCAGGAGCUACAAAAUCUCGAGUCCGAACCGACAUGCCCUCGACUGCUGUCCCUUCUCACCUCAAUUGUAUCGUCUUGCUGAGCAGGGCUCGUUGACCUCCUUCUCAUAGCCAGGAUGUAUCCGCCGCCCUCACCGCACGAUUCCGCCAUCUCCGUAGCCACAACUGGCUCUUCGAAACAAGCAUCAUCUUCUUCGAAGCAAUCCUCGUCUGGCUCAAAGCAAGCGUCGUCUACCCAAAAUGACCCGCCUACAAAGCAAAAAUCGACUUCUCCCCGCAACCCUCCUCCCACCUACGCAGACCUCACCCCCGCCGAACAAGCAGCCGCAGACCUCGAGGUCACCGCCGCGGCCCAACAAGCGCAAGACGAAAUCGAAAUCGACUUCUCCGACUCCGUAACAGACCCGGGCUACGAAACCGACACGAUUGGCUCCGCUAGCUCCUCCCUCGCCUCCAGUGUUCGCAACUACAUGUUCGAGAAUGGACGACGAUACCACAGAUUCAGGGAAGGAGCAUAUAAUUUCCCCAACGAUGAGACGGAGCAGGAUCGGGAGGAUAUGAAGCAUGCAAUGGUUGUUAAUCUUUGUGGUGGACGAUUGCAUUUUGCGCCUAUUGGGGAGAAUCCACAGAAUAUUUUGGAUAUGGGGACUGGGACAGGAAUUUGGGCUAUUGAGAUGGGAGAUUUAUAUCCAGGAGCGAGUAUCUUGGGGAUGGAUCUAAGUCCGAUACAACCACAAUGGGUCCCCCCAAGCGUUAAGUUUAUGGUCGAUGAUGUGGAAUCCCCGUGGCUGCGGCCACUGAAUCACUUCGACUAUAUACACGCACGACAUACGGUUAUGGCAAUCAGGAACUGGCCCCAGCUGAUGAGGAGGGUCUAUGAUCACCUCAAACCUGGCGGCUGGUUCGAGCUCCAAGAAAUCCACCACCGGCCCCAAUGCCACGACGGCAGCAUGCCCCCCGACCACCCUGUAGCCCAAUACUGGGACCUCGUAACCUCCGGCCUCGCGGCACUAGGCGUGGAUUUCAAUGCCGCAUUAUCACUUGCAGACAUGAUGCGCAACGCCGGCUUUAUAAACGUCGAAACACGGAUAUUCCACGUCCCAAUUGGGAUCUGGCCAAAGAAUAAGGUGCUGAAGAUGGUGGGGUUGUAUUGGAGGACGAUACUGGUUGACGGGUUGAGUCCAAUUGCGUUGGGGCCGUAUACGAGGGGUUUGCGCUGGACGAAGGAGCAGGUUGAUGUGUGGCUUGUUCACGUGAGGCAGGCGUAUAUGGAGGGAUGGGUGCAUGCGCAUAUGCCUCUUUUUGUGAUUUGUGGGCAGAAGCCUGGGGUGGGUGUUGCGACUUGUCCCCCUUGAACUGGACCUGCUUUCCCGAGAGGCAGAGGAGAGUACGGAACAGGGAAUGGGAUAUCCGAGACGACGAUAUGAGAGCAUGCUGGAUGAUCUACCUCCUGCAUUUCAAGCAAGCGUUCUGGUGGGAUCACUUGGGCAUCUUGAGCGAGGUGGUGCUUAUGAUUGAUGAUAUUCAAGUUGAGAUGUGUAGGGUAGACCAUGAUCUGUAAAGAAAGUCUUGAACUUCAUAUCCCAUCCCCUAUUCUAAAGAUAUUUGAACUUUUCUUCUCCUUCAGAUCUUAACCUUCAUUGAUAUCACCCUCCCCCGACAAUCUAGGCCUCACAUCACGAAGGGCCUUUCCCGCGUUCGAUUCUACAAACCGUCUCCCCGUCAUCAACGCUUGUCUCCCACCCCUCCUCCACAAACUACAAAUUGCUUUUCCCCACCAACCUUUCCCAUCCACCACACCCGUCUCUCCAAUCAACCAACAC